AUGGCCAAUACGAAUACUCUCUGUAUCUUGGGUUGUGGCAAUCUGGGUGUCGCCAUCCUCAACAGUCUGAUCAACACCCCCGAAAAUAGCAACAAUGUUCUAUUCAAUCGUUUCAUCGCCUGCGUGCGGAGCGAGAAUUCAGAGCACAAAUUGACAGCGCGAUUCGCCCAGCACUCUCACAAGCUCUCCGUCGUCAGAAACAACACUGUCCAAGCUGCUCGAGACUCGGACGUGGUCAUUUUGGCCGUCGAUCCCGCCGAUAUCGAAAGAGUCUUGACCCAGCCGGGUCUCCGUGAAGCUCUUGCUGAUAAGUUUCUCAUCAGCGUGGCCGCAGGCUGGGAACGACAGAAGCUCGAGAGCACCUUGUACGGCAGCGAAACGACGGCUGAAAAUGCUGCUGGUCGGGCGUGGGUAGUCCGCACUCUGCCUAAUAUCGCUGCGCUGGUUUCGCAGUCUCUCACGGCCAUUGAGAUUUCCGAGCCCGCCUUGCCGGCUGAAUAUCUCCAGCUAGCAGAUUCCAUCUUCGAGAAGAUUGGAAAGGUGGUCCAUGUUCCUCCGCGGUUGAUGGAUGCGACAACUGCCGUGGCGGGAUCAACACCUGCUUUCUUUGCUAUCAUUGUGGAUGCGAUGAUUGAUGCAGCGGUGGCUGUAGGCAUGCCCAGAGACAUGGCGAAUACCAUGAUCCUCCAGGCAAUGCAGGGCUCAGCGAGUAUCAUGCAGAGUGGAGUGCAUCCAUCUCUGCUACGAGACCAAGGAACCUCGCCCGAGGGAUGCACGAUUGGCGGAGUGAUGGUGCUGGAGGAGGCGGGUGUGAGAGGACAUGUUGGCCGGGCAUUGCGAGAGGCCGUUACGGUUGCUCGGUUGAUGGAUGGGACCCGGCAUUUGAAUGAUACGAGACAGUAA